AUGUUCAAUUCAACGACGGAGCCAGGCCAAGGGAUAAUGAGCUAUUACCCAAAGGGGCGGGACCCAUCGGCAGCCAUCAAGGACAACGCUAAAACUGAAUGCCAGCAGGGAAGCCAAUCGACUCAGCUUCCUGAGCUCAUGGCACUCUGGGCGUUCAACUGCCGCGAUCUGCUGGCGCGUUGCAACGUCUGUGGUUACGCUGCGGUUGAGGAACCAGUGACCAUUGCCGUCUCAGCUCUCUCCCGCCCCCCUCCAACGGCCACGUUUAUGAAACAUUCCGAUAAUGUUUCCUCUCUCGCUGCUGAGCAGCAGUGCAAGACAGAAGCAGAACCUGACCUUGAUGUAGUGGCACAAACCAUGGGCGGGUUCCCUAACGAUGGUUCUGAUGUUUGUGCAUGGGUGCACCCAAGUUGUACUACACCUUCAAGUAUGCACCUGCAAGACCGUUUUAGCGACCUUUCCGGAUGGGCCAAUCAUAUCAUGGAUGUGCGAAACACAAUUUCGGAGCCCACAUUGCCAAAAUAG